ACCACUAGCUGGCUCUCUUUCUCCAUGCUUCCAUAACCAACUAAACUCACUGUGAAACAAAGUGAAAGUAACUUUUGUUUUGUUUCACUCUUCUACUUGCCGUCUUUCCUUGAACACGUUUGUGUCGCAUUUAAUUGUUAUGUUUGUCCUAGAUUAUGUUCCUAUGAGACGUUUGGGCUUUUUUUCCCGGGUUUACUGACCGGAACUCAGUUUUCAGCAACAAUAUUUAAAAAACAACAACAUGUGAAAUGAAGACGUCAGCAGCUUGUUGUUUCGGGGUAAUUAUUCUGUGCAUCGGGCUUUCGAUGAGAGCAACAGGGUCGUCUCAGAUUCAACUGGUCGGUUCAGCUGAUCCAGUCGUUGCCUUGGCUGGUGAUGACGUCAUACUGCCAUGUUACCUGGAACCCAACGUCAGUGCUGUGGACAUGAUGGUGGAGUGGACAAGAUCUGACCUGAAACCUCAAAGGGUCCAUCUUUACCGUGAAGGUCGAGACUCCGACGGUGAACAGCUUCCGUCCUACAGGGGAAGGACAUCACUGUUUAAAGAAGAACUGAAGAACAGCAAUGUCUCCUUAAAACUGACCGGAGUUACCCUCUCUGAUGCUGGAGACUACAAGUGCUUCAUUCCAAUACUGACCAGGGAAACAACCAUUCCACUCAUAGUUGGUGCUGUAUCUCAGCCUGUGAUCGUGCUGUAUCUCAGCCAGUGA